AACAAAAUCUUAUUUACAAGUCUUAUCAGACAAUACAAUAAUUCAAACAUGUGGAAAAUUUAUUCAUACUCGUAUCUCUAACACAAAUACUACAGAUACAUUAUCCUACAUAAUGUCAACGAAACUUCUCGAUACCAACACUCCUAUAAUCCCCUUGAGAGAAUGUCGCCGUUUCAUCACCGACUGUCUCCUAGCUGUGGGAGCCCCAAAAUCCAAUGCCGAGGCCUUAGCUGAUCUUCUCGUUGAAGCAGAUUACAGAGGGCAUUAUAGCCAUGGCAUGAACCGAAUCGAAAUGUACUUAUCAGAGAUACAAAAUGGAAUCUGUAAAACCGAUGCUACUCCAGAAAUUUUGAAAGAGUCACCAGCAACAGCUUGGGUUGAUGGUCAUAGUGGUUUAGGGGUAGUAGUUGGCAAUUUCUGCAUGGACCUAGCUAUACGAAAAGCCCAAGAGGUUGGCGUGGGUUUUGUGGUCUGUAAAGGUUCAAACCACUACGGCAUUGCGGGAAAAUAUGCGAUGCAAGCGAUGAAGAAAGGCUUGCUCGGUAUGAGUUUCACCAAUACUUCACCAGCCGUUGCCCCCACAAGAACUAGACAAGCUGCUUUGGGUACAAAUCCGUUAUCACUGGCUGCACCGGGUUUAAAUGGUGACAGUUUUGUGCUUGAUAUGGCCACUUCGGCUGUUGCGCUUGGUAAAAUCGAAAUGAAGAAAAGAACAAAUUCAGAAAUACCUCCACAAUGGUGUGAUUCUCAAACUGGUGCUUUGCAUCCUUUAGGAGGUAGUGAAGAAAAUUCUUCGUAUAAAGGCUAUGGCCUUGCCGCUCUUGUUGAAAUAUUUUGCGGCAUUUUGGGUGGAGGCGCUUAUGGGCCGAAUAUUAGAAUAAUGGGAAAUUUUGACCGGCUUGCAGACCUUGGUCACUGUUUUGUUGCAAUUGAUCCGUCUUGUUUUGCUCCGGGAUUUGAGGGGCGUUUGAGUGACCUUCUCAAUUAUUUGAGGGAAAUGCCCGCUGUCGAAGAGGAAAAGCCGGUUUUGGUAGCUGGCGAUUCGGAAAGACUUCACAUAGAAGCUGUGGAAAAAGCCGGUGGAGUGAGAUAUGUGGAAGAUCAGAUGGAAACUUGCAGAAGAGUUGCUGAAGCUCUUAAAAUAAAACCAUUAACGCCUCUUAAAAAAUAAAUAUUUUUGUGUUGAAAUAAAAAUAUUUUCCACCGUU